UUAUAAUUUCUUUUUUUGAUAUUUAUAUAUAAAGAGUAUUGAAAUUGGUUGCAGCAGGUGGAGGGGUGAUGUUAUUUGGCGGCAAUGUAAUUUUAAAAACAUUUUGGAUACAAAGAAUGUAUUGGUACAUAAUUUAGGUACAAUUCAAUUGUCUUCUUUUGUUUAUCUUUACUCUUUGAUUCAAAGAUUUUGGUAGAUUUUUGUCACCUAUAAAGAAUAGCUUAUGGCUAACUCUAUCACUUCCUAUCUGGGUUUUUUUUUUUUUUUGGAUUUUCAGAUGGAAAUGUGUUAAUGGGUUAUCAUUUAUGAUUACAGAGUGUUGGCUUGUAAAGUACCUAGUGUUGUGGGGUUAUUGUUAUUCUUUAACUUGAGUGGCCAUGGCGAUGGUGGUUUCUUUUUUAAUGCAGAGUUUGAAAUGAAAAGUUAAGAAGCUGAUAAGGUUCUUAGAAGGGAUAGAUAUGCAGAGACUCUGCAAAUUCAUUGGAAGAUAGAAGAAUUCUUAUAUGCUUUGAAUUUGAGGUAGUAACUGAGCAAAGAAGAGAAAGAAAAUGCCUACUGAGAAGAAAUAUGUGUUGGUUGGGAUUCGAAUAGAUAGCCAAAGUAGGGAUUUGCUUAGCUGGGCUCUUGUAAAAGUUGCAGAACCUGGUGAUUGUGUUGUUGCAGUUCAUGUUUCCCGGAGUUCUGAUCAUGCUUUAAGGGAGAAGUUGUUGUUAGAAGGUUAUUUAGACGUAUACGAAGGCCUGUGUUCUGUAAAGCAGGUUGAUCUUAAAGGCCAGAUUUUUAAAGGAAGUUCAACGAGAAAGGUUUUGAUUAGAGAAGCAAGGAACUAUGAAGCUGUAGCUCUAGUUGUGGGUAUAAGCAAGCAUAGUGCUCUUGGGGGUUGGACUUCCACGGCUAGAUAUUGUGCAAAGCGGUUGCCAACUACUACCAAUGUUCUGGCCAUCAGCAAUGGGAAAAUUAUUUUCAGAAGGUCCAACAAAAAUCAACUACCAGGUCUUACAGUUAAAGGUGAUCCAAGACCAAGUGUUUAUCUGAUUGAAAACCCUGCUGCAAGGGAAUGCCAAUCAGAAUAUGGUGAUUCUGAAGUAGGGUCUGAGAUAUCCAGUUUGGAAGGGAUCCAAAGCUCCAAAGAUGAUUCAAGAACCAGUAGUGAAGAUUCAAAGAGUGAGAUAUUGAGUGUGAUUUAUGAAGGCAAGAAAAUUUCUUCGCGGUCAAUUUCUCUUUUUGCGGGAGACGUUAUGGACUAUAAGCCCGGUUGGCCCCUCCUCCUGAGGGCUAGUUCAGCAACACCACAAGCAAAGCACGCCAGGAGUAUGUCAGUAGUCAAAUGGGUAAUGAACUUACCAAGUCGUUCCCCGCAUCAUACUCCUCGAUGCUCAACCAUUAAAGAAAACCCAUUGGAAAUUGAAAGUGGCAGUGAAGUUGAGAUUAAUAGGACCAAUUCAUCUAUGCAAUGUGAGUUGCAAAAAUGCUUGGAGGCACUCCUAAAAACAAAUUCAUCUGCUUGUCAAUGGUUCAGUUACAAAGAUCUAAAAGCUUCAACUGCUCAGUUCACCUCAGAGAAUCUAAUUGGAAAAGGAGGGAGCAACCGUGUUUAUAAAGGGAUCCUUCCAGAUGGCAAGGCAGUUGCUGUCAAGAUUCUGAAGUCAUCAAAAGAGGCAUGCAAGGAUUUUGCAAACGAAAUUGAAAUUAUCUCCUCACUGAAUCAUAAACACAUCAUGCCUCUAAUUGGUGUCUGCAUUAAAGAUAAUGAUCUAGUAUCUGUCUAUGAUUUUUCUUCUAAGGGAAGCUUGGAAGAAAUUCUGCAUGGUAAGAACAAAGAAAAACAUGCCUUGUCAUGGGAAGUGAGAUAUAACGUGGCUGUUGGGAUUGCGGAAGGCCUAAAUUACCUACAUAAUGAGCAUCCUCGACCUGUUAUUCAUAGAGAUGUCAAGUCUUCAAAUAUUCUUCUUUCAGAUGGGUUUGAGCCAAAGUUAUCUGACUUUGGGCUAGCAAUAUGGGGACCAACUGAUUCAUCAUUUCUGACUCAAGCUGAUGUUGUUGGAACAUUUGGGUAUUUAGCUCCUGAAUAUUUCAUGUAUGGGAAACUUAGCGACAAGAUUGAUGUCUACGCUUUUGGUGUUGUUCUACUUGAACUUUUAUCAGGAAAAAGGCCAAUAGGCUUUGAGACUCCCAGGGGCCAGCAGAGCUUGGUCAUGUGGGCCAAGCCAAUAGUAGAGAAUGGGGAUGUGAAAGGCAUACUGGAUCCUAAUUUGAAUGGAAAUAUCAACGAGACUCAGAUGAAGAGAAUGGUUCUAGCAGCAACCCUCUGCAUCACACGGUCAGCUAGACUGCGUCCUAAGAUGAGCGAGAUACUGGAGCUCUUAAAAGGGGACGAAGGUGUUGAAAAAUGGGCAGAGACACGACAUGACAACACAGAAAGCCAAGAUCAUAAUGAUGAUGAAGUUUAUCCAAAUUCAAGUGCAGAGUUACAUUUAAGUCUCGCAAUGCUUGAUAUUGAUGAUGACUCGACAUCUUUUAGUAGCAUGGAGCAAAGCAGUAAUCUUUCUAUGGAGGAAUAUUUAAAAGAAAGAUGGAGCCGAUCAUCAAGCUUCAAUUAGAUUCCCUUUUACUCUUUUUGGCAUACUCAAGGUGUUUUACAGCAAAGUUUGCUUCAGACCCCAUUUUCGAUUAUGUUUGUACCUGUACAGUCGAGAGAAAAAGAGAGAGAAGCAGCACCCAUUGUUGAGGUGUGAUUUGCAGAUGUAGAUUCUUGCAAAUAAUGAUAUAUAUGAUUGAACCUUCUUAAAUUUGUCAAAA